GGGCGAGGUGUGGGACCGGCGGCGGGAUGCCCCUUUGUUACUGUAGCGGAAUGGAAGAGCCGUGGGCGAAGGGCGAGCGGCGCCGCGGUGGCAGGAUCGGCAGGCGAUGGCUCUGGUUGCACUGCCUGUGCUGCUGCACCCUGCUGUUCCUCCUUGUGACUCUGCAGGUGGUGGUUGAACUGGGACAGUUUGAAACAAAGGAAAUAAAAGGUGAGGAUCUGCACAGCGACAGAAUGGAAGAUUGGAGUCAGGUGAAAGACACAAAUGAUUUACGGAACAGUGUGAAGAAAUAUUCCGAUGUGGGAAAUGAGUGUCCCAUUAUUCUCUGGUGGUCACCACUGACUGGAGAACUGGGACGUCUAGGCCACUGUGGAACAGAUACCUGUUUCUUCACUGUAAACAGGACCUAUCAAGAUCAUCAGAUGACACGAGCGUUCCUGUUUUAUGGCACAGACUUUCAAAUUGAUAGUUUACCGCUGCCUCGGAAACCCCAGCAUGAAUGGGCUUUGUUCCACGAAGAGUCUCCUAAGAACAAUUACAAGCUUUUCCACGAGCCCACUGUCACGUUGUUUAAUUACACCUCCACAUUCAGCCGCAGCUCCCAUUUGCCACUCACCACCCAGUAUCUGGAGAGCAUCGAAGAGUUGAAGUCACAUAAGUACAUGCUCCCUCUGUCUGAAAAGAACCGUUUGAGGGAACAUUUGGCCCCGUUGGUGUAUGUCCAGUCUGAUUGCGACCCUCCUUCAGACCGAGACAGUUAUGUACGGGAAUUGAUGAAGUAUAUCCAGGUGGACUCUUAUGGUGAAUGUCUACACAAUAAGGACCUUCCAAGUAGCCUGAAAGAUCCCACAACCAUGGAUAAUGAUGCAUUCUACUGGAUUCUCGCUCAGUAUAAAUUCAUUCUUGCUUUUGAGAAUGCUGUUUGUGAUGACUACAUUACUGAGAAACUGUGGAGACCAUUUAAAUUAGGCGCAGUUCCGGUUUACUAUGGUUCCCCAAGUAUAGCAGAUUGGCUGCCCAGUAAUAGAAGUGCAAUACUUGUGGGAAAUUUCUCACACCCCAGGAAACUGGCUGAAUACAUCAUUCAAUUGGACAGUGAUGACCAGAGUUAUGAGGUCUUCCUCGAGUGGAAGCGGAAAGACCAAAUCUCCAAUGAGAAGCUGCUUACUGCCAUGAAAGAGCGCACGUGGGGAGUUCGAGAUGUUUCCCAGGACAACUACAUCGAUGCCUUUGAGUGCCUGGUGUGCAAUGGAGUGUGGGAAAACCUCAGAAGAAAGCAAAAGGGUUUAUCACCAAUUGAAUGGCGAGGACAAGCCAACCACCUUAGCUGUCCGGGACCAAAGGCUUUUACCUUUUCGCCACCCUCAAAUGGGGGGACACUUGUCCGAGAUUUGUGGAUGCCAAGCUUUGACCAAUCAAAACGAGAAGCUGCAGCACUGAGACACCUAGUGGAACUGAACCAAAACUUUACAGUAGAAACCUUCUGGAAAAUGGUGUUUAGUGACUAAUGGCAUUGAGAUUGAUUUCUUUUUCCCCAAAAAUCAUCUGUUCUUCAGAUGCUUUUGAGGAUUGCGUUAAUUCAGAAUAAGUGCACUCAGUGAUAGCCAGUAUCUGCAUGGAUUUCAUGUGAAAUCCAACAAAAUAAUUACUAGAAACCAUAUUGCGGCUAGGUGAUUGUUUAGUUCAAAGGGAUUUAACAAUUAACUACAGGGUCGGUCAGUUGAAAACAUCUUGAAAGCAGUGAUUUUUCUCAUGCACUGGAGAACUUUUGCACAUCUCAUGGGCUUUGGAAGUAUGCUGUCAUGUAAUAAGUGUUCUGAAGGUGCCAGGCUAAUUUCCUGGAAGUGUUAACCCUCUGAACUGACUGGGACAUGACAUCGCUGGAAUAGAAGAGAUAGGAGCCUCAGACACAAAUCUUGAAUGUCAUUGCAAUUAUCCCACACCGUCUUUGUGAGGCUGCAGUAACAAGGACUAAACAGAAAGGCUAAAUUGAUGGAAUAAAUUGCACACAGUUGCAUAUCAAGCAAGACUUAAUAACAGCACAAUUUAGACUCGGAACUCACCAGCAAGUAAAUGACAGAAAAUACGAACUAUGCAACAGAGGUUCUUGCCAGAGGUGAAACUCGUACUUGUGCCUUUGCAAUCUCUAGAUUCAACAAUUCCAAUGCUUUCACAGUUUGAACUUUCUGUGAACUUCAGCUCCUGGAGAUUUUUUUCUAUUUUCACAGUAAAUUGCAGCCAUAGCCUUGUGGUCAUCAGACUGCUUUGAUUCCCAGAACCAUUAACACCAGAACAAAAUGUUACUGGGGUGAGGCAAGAAUGUGAAGUUGAGAUUACCAUCAGAUCUGCUCUGAUCUCUUUGAAUGGAAUUGAAAGGCUCCAGAGACUGAGUGGACUACUCUUGCUCCUAGUUUGUAUGUUAGUUAUAAAAUUUUCAUCCUAAUUUUCCAAUCCGUCAGUGGCCUUUACUUACUCCCGAUAACCUACAGCCUUUCAUGGACUCCGCUCUCCACCAACACUGGCCCCAUCUGCAACACCUAACUUUCUUCACACCACCAAUGACAUUAACAAUGACCUUAAGUUCCAGAACUCCCCACAUUAGCCCCUCCAUCUUCCUCCUCAAAAUCUCAUCUUGCUCCUAUAACUAUAUUGGAUAUUUCCUUCAGUGAAAUAUUUAGACGUAAAAUAAGAAAAUGGCAGAAACCUUCAGCAGGUUAGGUAUCAUCUGUGGAAAGAGUUAAAGCUUAAUCGAAGACCCUUCGGACAAAGUGUCUCUCAGCUUGAAGCGUCUGUUUCUCAUUCCACAGAUGCUGCUUGAUCUGCUGAAUGUUUUCAGCAUUCUUCUGUUUUUAUGCAGAUGUCUAACAUUGUGUGUUUUUUUUAAUAUAGUUUUCAAACACUUAGGGGUAUUUUACAAUGUUAAAGGUCCUGUUUUGUGCUAGUUCUGUGUCAGAUGAAAACAUUCUUGAAUUUUAUUGCCCUUGUGUUUUGGGAGCUUGCAGCAAAAAACAAACUGCUGGAGGAACUCAGUCGGUCAGGCAGCAUCUGUGGAGGGAAUUGGAUGGUUAAUAUUUUGGUUCGAGAUGCUUUUGUCGUGUUUGAAGAUUGGUUGAUUGAAAAUACCUUGGGCCAGUGCAGCAGUGCUGGGUUCUUGUAGAAUUGUUAUCUUCUGAAUAGUUUUGCAACAUAACAUAUCAAUGUGGAAUGCAAACAUCUUUGGUCCGUCUCUGCUGUCACCGAAUGUGGUUGGAAAAUGCAAGGGGGGGUGACCCAGUGUAACUGCACCUUUAAUCGCAUUGGGAGUGGAAUCCUGAAAUUUUGGGAUGUUUGUAUAAACUGUCAUUUCAGAGUUAAUCCAAUAAACUCAUUACUGGAUU